AUAGCGCUUGGAUUCUCCGUCUCGUUUCUUCUCGCAUAUAGAGCAAUUCGCACACACACACACACGUUAUAUAUACACACACUGAAAAAAAAUAUCGUGCGAUACCGUCAUCGCGGCCGCACUUCUGCGCCUCGGCCUGUGUGCAGCGAGCGCGUAUUAUUACGGCCGUCGUCGUCUUUGGUUCGGCCGCGUGCGUGUGUGCUUGUGGUGGCUCGGUGCGCGUUCAAUUUCUUUAUUUUUUUUUUCGAGUUCUAAUCUCUCUCUAUAUCGACACCGUGUUGUGUUCCAAUAUAAUACAGUGUUUGUAAAGCAGUGCUGUGUGUCCGCGCGAUGUCGGCCUCAACUGGUGGCGGUGGCUUUCUCGACGGCAUCGCCGGGGCCAUAGGCACACCGACCGCUGCCCUACGGCUUCUGCUCUCCAUUCUCGUCGGUUUCCCAUUGGCGACGUUUUACAGAAAGCGCCUUUAUGGACGGAGCCCGAUCACGCAGCAUUGCUUCUUCGUCGUUAGCGGAUUUCUCAUAGGUUUUUGGAAUUAUGGCAUGGACAUGUCGCACUCGGUCUACGCGCUCUGCCUCACCUUCCUCACCUUCAAGGUGUUCGGCUCGACUUGGACCUCGGUCCUCGUCACCUUCGCCUAUAACAUGAUCCACCUGCUCUACGGCUACUACACGACGUCGACGGACGACUACGACAUCAAGUGGACGAUGCCGCACUGCGUGCUCACCCUCAGGCUGAUCGGUCUGGCCUACGACCUGCUGGACGGCAGCCAGCCCGACGCCAAGCUCUCCGUGACGCAGCGCAAGACGGCGCUGCGCCGUCAGCCCAGCCUCCUCGAGAUGGCCGCCUACGUCUACUUUCCCGGCUCGUUCCUCAUCGGUCCGCAGUUCAGCAUGAGGCGCUACCUCGACCACGUCGACGGCACACUGGUCGAGACGGGCCUGGACGCCGAGGGCCGUAAACUGCCACCCGACUCGGUGGUGCCCGGCCUCAAGCGAGCCGCCGUCGGUUUCGUCUACAUCGCCCUCUACCUGUUCGGCACUCAGUACGCGUCCGAUCAGUAUCUGCUCGAUCCGGACUUCGAGCAGCUGUCGUUCGUGCGUCGCUGCUUCCUGCUCGGCUUGUGGGGCAGGUGCAAUCUCUACAAGUACAUCAGCUGCUGGCUCAUUACCGAGGGCGUCUGCAUCGCCUUCGGCCUGGCCUACAACGGACGCGACGAGAAGACGGGCCGCGACAAAUGGGACGGCUUGGCCAACGUCGAUCUGUUGACCUUCGAGAACGCCACCGAGUUCAAUCACUACAUACUGUCGUUCAACAUCAACACGAAUCAUUGGUGCGCCGAGUACAUGUACAAGAGGCUCAAGUUCCUCGGCUCGAAGCUCUACAGCCAGCUGGUGACCCUCACCUUCCUCGCGAUCUGGCACGGCACUCACAGCGGCUACUAUCUAUGCUUUUUCCAGGAAUUCAUCAUCAUGUAUUUUGAAAAAGACAUGAAACCUGUCCUGCUGAAGAACGAAAAGCUGAUGAAUUUCGCCACCGGCUCGAUGCUCGGACGAAUCGUCACCUGGAUCCUGCUGAAAAUCUACACCUUCGUGUUCAUGGGCUACAGUCUGAUACCCUUCGUGCUGCUCUCGUACUCGCGCUACAUGAAGGUCUACACCAGCUUCUACUUCAUGGGUCACGUCAUUUUCCUGUCUUAUCCGCUGCUGGCGCCGUUCAUCAAGCCCUUGGUGCGCGGCGGCAAGAGGCGAUCCGCGGAAGACAGCCAGCAGCAGCGUCCGCAUACCGAUUAAGGCGCGAGAGAGAUCAUCGAGAGAGCGCGCGGGGCAAGAAGCAAAUUAAUCCGCUGGUACAAAUUAGUUUUUAAAUAAAACGCGGAACAAAGAAGAAGCAGCAGCUACACAAAAAGAAUUUUUUUAUAAAUAGAUAAACUCGAAUUGUAUCGCGCGUCGAUGGUGUUAUUUUUAUUCGAUUUGAAAUCUAAUUUUUCAAAGUGUUCCUAGCGAUUGUUUCAAUUUUUUUUAAAUAGUGCAAAAACAAAGCCCAAGCGUGAAUAUCGAAUAUUUUUCUACCGAACACGUGGAAUUUUUUAUAUCUUAAAAAGUAUGCGCCGAGAGAAAAAUUAAGACUGCAUUUAAAAUGUAUAAUUUCACGAGCUGAAUCAAAAAUGUUUGUACAACCUUUUAUUCGAAGUUCACUCGUUUGCUUCAAAAUGAUUGGAUGUAUCGGUGAGGGCGACACCAAACUUGGUACCACCUUUUAAUUGAAGUAAUUAAAGGCGUAAUUAAAUUAUAGAAGAUUAUCUCUUAGUGUGACGCAGCCAUUUUUAGAUUUGGCUCAUGAAUGUGUACAUUUCAUUCUGCGUGGCGUGGUGUUAACUUUUCUCUCCGUGUAUAUUUUUUAUAUACAAUCAAAUUGACUAAUCAAACAGAACAAUAAUGAUUUUAAAAAAAGAAAACCUUGGAUUGAUUGUUGCGUUAAAGAAUGAAAGUACCUAUUAUUAUGUAGAUAAACCAGAACCUAAGAAUUCCCUUGUUACGUGCGAUUAUUAAUAUCGAUAUUGAAAUCAAAUAGAGUUCAACCAAUAUAUAGAUAUAUUUUUCGAAUCGACUUAUAAUUAUUGUUAUGUAUAUUCGAACUAAUCAAUUUGAACGAAGAAAAAAUGAGUGGUAUAUUGAUUAUCGCACCCCCCUCGUACUUUUUAAGUGUUUGUAUGACUCUGUAAGACUAUUUUUCAUCAAAGCAUAAUUGUAUAAUUAUAUAUUCUGUAUAAAUGUAAAAAAACCUGCAUAAUCGAAAAAACUUGCGUAUGCUUAUAAUAAUACUACAUGUGUAACGUAAAGGAAAAUCCAAUUACAUAAUGUGCGAGCGACACGACGAGAUGUUUACAAAUAUUAUAUAUAUUAUGAUCGAAUUUACAAUAGACAAUAUAUGUUCUCCUCGAUAACGAGACAAUUUUUUUAAAAAUGAAUUAGUCAAGAGUUACGCUUUAAAAAUUGAGACUCAUUGUGAUUUGUGAUGAGAUUUUUUUUUAAAACUAAGAAAACGAUUUUUCAAAAAAAAAAUGAAAUAAAAGACUCGACGUUUUCAUAUCAAGCCAAAUAUCAUAUAUUGUAAAAAAAAAUCACGAAUGGAUCAUGAAAAAAAAAAACAAAUAUUAUACAACGGUAAAAACGAUUAUUUUAACUCGUGUAUUUUACAUUAGAAAAUAAAAUUUACAUGUUUCCUAAACAGG